AUGGCCCCGACUGAAGAGUUCGACAACGCAGUGAAUAGUGGGAAGGUCAUAAGUCCAAAGGCUCUUUGCCAUGUUGUGUUACGCACUUCAAAUCUCAAACCAAUGCUGGCAUUUUAUCUGGAAUUUCUAGGCGGCCGCAUCGCAUAUGCAAAUGAAAUGCUCGCAUUCAUUACGUACGACGAAGAGCAUCAUCGCAUUGCUUUGUUGGAAAUACCUGGUACAGAGGACAAAAUAUCAACUAGUUGUGGCCUUGAACAUAUUGCAUUCGGGUUUUCCACACUGUACGAGCUCUUCCUAUCAUAUCGCCAACGGCUCAAGGCUGGAAUAAAGCCUCAUUGGUGUGUCAACCACGGUCCAACAACAAGCAUCUACUAUAAAGAUCCCGACGGCAAUAUGCUAGAGACUCAGGUCGAUAAUUUCGAUACGAUCCAGGAAGCCGAUGAAUUUAUGAAGACCCGAAGUUUUUCUGAGAAUCCCAUCGGUGCAGACUUCGACCCGGAGGACCUCAUCCGCAGAUUUUUCGCUGGGGAGGCGGAUUCCUCGCUGAAGAGACGCAUUGAGAUUGGGCCGCGCCAGCCGGAUGCUACUAUUUUGUCAUAG